GCCCACGCUCCUGUACCUCGGCGGCCAACACUCUCCCUCCACCCCUCGCCCCUCAACGCUCUCCAUGGGGUGGGCCAAUUGCCAUUAGCAUGGAUCCCAGCCCCAUCCUGGAGGAGUUCCUCAUCAAACGCUCUCAGCAGAAGCGACGCACCUCUCCUUCCAACUACAAAGAGCGGUACUUCAUCCUCACCACCUCCCGCCUCGCCUACUAUGAGUGUCGCCCUGGGAAGAAAUUCGUGCUGAAGGGAUCGAUCGAGGUGUCGAGGAUCAAGUGCGUGGAGAUCGUGCUGACCGACAUGAGUCUACCGUGUAACUACAAAUACCCCUUCCAGGUUUUUCAUGAGAAUUAUUAUCUGUACGUGUUUGCCCCGAACAAAGAGAGUCGACAUAAGUGGGUGACAGCGCUGAAGGAAGAGUCCAAGAACAACAACAUCCUGACCAACAAGUUUCACCCCAACUUCUGGGCCGAUGGCCACUGGCUCUGCUGUGCUCAGCUCGACAAACUGGCCAUGGGCUGCCAGUUCUAUGACCCCAACCGUGACUCUAAGAAACCGCUUCCACCCACUCCGGUACAGAACAAGCCGAAGCCCCUCCCCCCGGAGCCGGCAGAGCUGGAACCUGUGGUGGUGGCGCUGUACGACUUCCAGGGUCAGACCGCGCGCGACCUGUCGUUGAUCAGGAACGAGGAGUACGUCAUCGUCGGCAAGGACGACGCCAACUGGUGGCAGGCACGGGACAGGCACGGACUCACGGGCUACGUUCCCAGCAGCUACGUGGUGGAGAAGAGUGCUGACAAUCUGCAGGCCUACGAGUGGUACAACAAGAACAUCACUCGUCACAAAGCGGAGCAGCUGCUGCAGAAGGAGGAUAGACAAGGAGCGUUCAUGGUGCGGGACUCCAGGCAGGCGGGUACCUACACCGUCUCUGUCUUCGCCAAAGCCACCAGGGAAUGGCCACUCCAGGGGCAACAGGAGCAGGGGGAGAGAACGGGAGCUCAGUAUAGAGGCGGGCAAGCAAUGUUGCAGUUGUACAAGUCAUUGUAUGGAGCCAUGGUCAACAUUACCACAUCAGGAGUUCAUGGACAUCCACAAACGCUAAUACCUGUGGCAGAGAAACACAUCUUCGACUCCAUUCCAGAGCUCAUCACCUACCACCAACACAACGCAGCUGGAAGUCUGGUCACUCGUCUGAGAUACCCUGUGUGUUCCUGGAGAGAGACGGCCCCAACAACAGCAGGAUUUAGUUACGGGGCGUGGGAAAUCGCAGCUACAGCCCUGACCUUCCAGGAGGAGGUUGGCAGUGGCCAGUUUGGAGUGGUCCACAUGGGGUACUGGAACAACACGUACAAGGUGGCCAUCAAGAUGGUUCGAGAGGGAGCCAUGUCUGAGGAGGACUUCAUCGAGGAGGCACAGGUCAUGAUGAAGCUGUCCCAUGAGAAGUUGGUGCAACUGUACGGGGUCUGCACCCAGGGCAGCCCCAUCUACCUGGUCUUCGAGUUCAUGGAGUUCGGCUGCCUCUCCGAGUACCUGCAGGCAAAGCGGGCAUCCUUCACCCACCACGCCCUGCUCACCAUGUGCUGGGACGUGUGUGAGGGCAUGCGCUACCUGGAGAGCAACAACUUCAUCCACAGGGACCUGGCAGCCCGCAACUGUCUGAUCGGAAACUCGCUCAUCAUCAAAGUGUCCGACUUUGGAAUGACCAGGUUUGUCCUCGAUGACCAAUACACCAGUUCCUCUGGGUCCAAGUUUCCCGUUAAGUGGUCGGCUCCCGAGGUUUUCCGAUAUUCCAAGUUCAGCAGCAAGUCCGACGUCUGGUCCUUUGGAGUGCUGAUGUGGGAGGUGUUCUCUGAGGGCAGGAUGCCCUAUGAUGAUUGCACUAACACGGAGGUCGUGGAAGAGAUCGAGGCCGGCUUCCGGCUUCAGAAACCAAAGCUGGCCUCCAGUCCGGUUUAUCGGCUGAUGGGUCGCUGCUGGCUGGAGAGACCCGAGGACAGGCCUCCGUUUUAUGACCUGCUGAAUGAUAUCAGCGAGCUUUCUGAGUGCGAGGAACCCUGAACAGACUGUGGGACCGCUGUGCUUUCACACGGAGCGACGCACUCUACACACACGAACACUCCCAAUACUGGGCAACCUUCUUAAAUAUUUAUUUAUUACAUUACUGACAUGAUUUUGUUCUCCUGGGGAACUGGAAUCCUCCGGAGAAGUUGGGCACGUCCUGUGGAAUCUUCAUUGGUGUGGCUGGGUGUAGAUGAAGGAGGAAUCCUGCCUGCUACCAACCCACAGGCACAGAAACUCACACCCCUCAACAUGUAUGAUGAGCGUUUGACGGCACUGGGCCUGUACUCGCUGGAGUUCAGAAAGAUG